AUGGCUUCUUUGAUCUUCUCAGUUUUCAUAUUCCUGCUGGUGCUGAGUACGGGUUCUGCACAGCUGCUAGGCCUGCUAUCAUCUCUCCAUUAUGCUCUUUCAUGCCCUGUAGCUAUCCCUACAAUCAAAGACUAUGUAAGAGCUGCAGUGGCCAACGAGAGCCGCAUGGGGGCCUCAUUGAUUCGCCUUCAUUUCCAUGAUUGUUUUGUCAAUGGUUGUGAUGGCUCCGUAUUGUUGGAUGACACGGAGAGUUUCACAGGAGAGAAAACAGCAUUUGGAAAUGCAAAUUCAUUAAGAGGAUUUGAGUUGAUCGAUAACAUCAAAGCUAAACUUGAAGAAAUCUGCCCUGGAAUUGUCUCAUGUUCAGACAUCUUAACCCUAGCGGCUCGCGAUGCCACUGUGGCUUUGGGAGGCCCGACAUGGACUGUACCAUUAGGCAGAAAGGAUUCAACUACUGCGAGUUUAAGUGAUGCUAAUUCCAAUCUCCCUCCUCCAUCCUCAAAUCUGAGUGAUCUUAUAACCAUAUUCUCAAACAAGGGUUUUACCAAACAAGAAAUGGUCACUCUCUCAGGAGCUCAUACUGUGGGUCUAGCAAGGUGCAUUACCUUUAGGAGCCGUAUCUACAACGAGACUAACAUUGACCCCACCUACGCAGCUUCGAAGCAGGGAGUUUGCCCAAGUGCAGGCGGAGAUAAUAAUCUAACUCCUCUUGAUCAAUCCACUACUUCUUUCGAUAAUGCUUAUUUCACAGAUUUGGUCAACUUGAAGGGCCUUUUACACUCCGACCAAGAACUCUUCAACAAUGGCUCCACGGAUUCUCAAGUGAAAUCUUACAGCCUUAACCAAAAGGCUUUUUUCUCUGAUUUCACGAAUGCAAUGGUAAAGAUGGGAAACCUGGAAUCACCUGCGGGAUUCAUUCAAGAAGUCAGAACCAACUGCAGGAAAAUCAAUGGCUCUUAA